UCGACGUUGUUGAAACAUAUGUGUUUUAGCAGUGUUUUCAAACACAAAUAUCUAGACUUUAAAGCGUAUAAUUAGACAGUUAUGCUACAGAGAAAAGGACGGACUAAACUUCCUCAGUGUGAUAUGGCGCAGCAAGGUGUAAGAAGUUCAGGUUUUGCCUUACUUUAGACAUUUUUUUGUCAUUUUCAUUCUGUUUGAGGAUUAUUUUUUUAGACUUAAUUACUUUUCAAGGCAUAUUGCAAUAAAAUUAUGAGAUAUGAUGGAUAACAGUGUGGAAAGCUGAUUUUGUAACGGACGGUAGCUGGAAAUGUUAAAGCGUGGAUCGAGUAGCAAAAGCUACAGUCCUUACGCGACGAGUCAGAGAGUGAAAAAAUCAAACAGCAAAACUAAAUUGGACAUCUUGCCAAAUAGACCAAACGUCUGGCUCAAACAGCUCUCUGCGCUUCAAGAGCAGCCUCGGAAAGAUGUCGUCGAUGCCGUCACCUCUUCGUCCCACACGUCCUCUAGUCUGUCUCCAUCCGUCCUGGAAGUCCCGUCUUCCUGUCCCGGUACCCCUUUGACCCAGCACACGAAGCUGGUUGGCUGCCCGUCCCCAAUGGGCACCCUAAAGCGGCCUACUUCUCUGAGUCGCAAUCCUAGCGCAGCGGGCUUCCCUAUCCAGUCUUGGGUCUUUAGUAAGGGUGCAGGAAAAUCUGUCAUCUCCCAGAGUCCUUCACCAGAGACGCCCGAGACCACAGUGGCCAUUGAGGUGGAAGACAUCCCGUCGCUGCUACGCAUAGUGGAGCGGUUUGCCAAAGCAGUGGAGAAACUGAAAGAUGUUGUGCUUGAAGACAAACAGGAGAACCGGCGUCCGCUGGCCCAUGAGUGUCUGGGGGAAGUUCUGCGCAUCCUGCGGCAGGUCAUCAGCAUGUACCCCCUCCUCAACACGGUGGAGACGCUCACCGCUGCCGGAAAACUCAUCUCACAGGUCAAAGGAUACCACUAUGAAGUGUGCAAUGAAGCGGACAAGAAAGAUUUUGAGAAGGCCAUUGAGACCAUUGCUGUAGCUUUUAGCAGCAAUGUCUCUGAACUGCUGAUGGGAGAGGUGGACAGUAGCACGCUGUUGUCCGUGAUGCCCACUGAGAAAAGCAGGUCUAUGGAGAACCUCUCGGGUCACGAGCUUUUACACACACGGAGUGAUUCAUCUGAAAUGGCGAUGAGCGCUGAAGAGGUGGACAUUAUCCUGCAGCGCAGUGAAGGUGGUGUGGACUCGGCUCUGACGUACGCUAAAUUCAUCUCCAAGUACAUGAAGGAUCUGAUCGGCUAUGUGGAGAGGAAGCUUGCGCUGGAGCUGGAGUUCUCCAAGGGCUUACAAAGGAUCUAUCAGUCAUGUAAACAGACCAUCACGCAGCCACACAUGCCCUUCUUCUCCAUCUACUCUCUGGCUCUGGAGCAGGACCUGGAGCAGAGCGCUGGGAUGCAUCAGGCAGCCUCCACCCUGCACAACCAGACCUUCAUCAUGCCUCUGCUGCUCCGCAAACAAGAGCACGAGAAGAAACGCAAGGAGAUCAAGGAACACUGGCUGAAGGCCAAGAGAAAACUGAUGGAGUGUGAAGCGAACUUGCGCAGGGCUAAGCAGGUCUACAUGGCCCGCUGUGAAGAGUACGACAAGGCCAGGACGGCCGCUAACAGGGCCGAGGAGGAGGGCGGCAGCUCUACCACCAAAGCAGUCGACAAGAAGAAACGCCUGGAGGAAGAGGCCCGCAACAAGGCUGAGGAGGCGGAGGCCACAUACCGGACCUGCGUCGCAGAUGUGACCACACAACACCAGGAGCUGGAGCACAUGAAGGUCACGGUUCUGCGGCAGAUCCAAGAGGUCAUCAAGCAGACUGACCAGACCAUUCGCUCGGCCACCAUCUCCUACUACCAGAUCAUGCACAUGCAGACGGUAGCGCUGCCGGUGCACUACCAGACGCUGUGUGAGAGCAGUAAACUGUACGACCCGGGACAGCAGUACGCCACACACGUCAAAGACCUUCAGAUGACCGAAGAGCCUGAGACGCAUUAUGAGUUUGAGGCCUAUUCGGCGUCCUCCAGCCAGCCGUCGUCCAGAGCGCGUACCGACAGCGCUAACGCUGAUGCUCAGAACAGUGCUGAAGUGCAGCAGACCACAGGAGAGGCGGGAGAGACAAGCGCCUCGCAGAAAGAUGACCAGAAGAGGGCUCGAGGUCUCUUGUCCCACAAGUCCUGGGGCUCCACAGUGAGUGACACAGACAGUGUGGGAGGAGGAAGUGGCCUGGGAUCCCCGACUACCAGCACGGGUGACAUAAGUAAAAUGGCCCGGACAUCAUCUACAGGAACUAUGUCAUCAAACGAAGAUGUUGAUGAGAAAGACUCAAAUGUUUCUUCCUUUGAAACUCCAAAUAUAAACGGCAUCGAGCCUGAGAUUGUGGUGCCCACCGGGCCAUUUCGGAACGUGGGGUUGUCGAAAGCCGCUCAGACGCACAAACUGCGUAAACUGCGCUCGCCGUCCAAAUGCAGAGAAUGCGACAGCUACGUUUAUUUCCAGGGAGCGGAGUGCGAGGAGUGUUUCCUGGCUUGUCACAAACGCUGCUUGGAGACUUUGGCCAUUCAGUGUGGCCACAAGAAACUCCAGGGUCGCCUUCAGCUGUUCGGGCUGGAUUUCUCGCAGGUGUCCGGUAACAGUCCCGGCGGGAUCCCCUUCAUCAUCAAGAAGUGCAUCGCUGAGAUCGAGAGAAGGGCUUUGAGAAUGAAGGGCAUUUAUCGAGUGAAUGGGGUGAAGACGCGGGUGGAGAAGCUGUGCCAGGCGUUUGAGAACGGCAAAGAGCUGGUGGAACUGUCACAGUCCUCACCACAUGACAUCAGUAAUGUACUGAAGCUUUACCUGCGGCAGCUUCCGGAGCCCAUCAUGCCCUUUCGCCUGUACAACAGUCUGAUGGGUCUGGCAAAGGAAAGCCUGGCUGUAGUGGGUCCAGAGGGAGCUGAGACCGGUAAAGGGCCCGACCUGGUGGACCUCGGCUCUGAAACGGACCCUGAACUCUUGGCUCUCGUCGAAAGACUUAAAAAUCUCCUUAAAGAGCUGCCCAAACCAAACACCAGCACUCUCCGCUACAUAGCACGGCAUCUGAGAAGGAUUGCAGAACUGGAAGAUGACAAUAAGAUGAGCCCGAGUAAUCUUGGCAUCGUGUUUGGGCCCUCGCUGAUGCGGCCCCGGCCCUCAGGAGCCACAGUGUCACUGUCCUCUCUGGUGGAUUACCCAUACCAGGCCCGCAUAGUGGAAACCCUCAUUGUGUUUUAUCCCUCCAUUUUCCACUCUGAAUCCAGUCGGCCUACAUGCAGCAGCACCACAUGCGCUCAAUCCCUACAGCAGCAAUGCAGCAUUGAAGAAGAACACUGUUUGAAUGAUGAACAAAGGAUCACAGAUGAAGCUGGUGCUGAAGAAUCAGACAAGUUAGAGGGCCACGAGAGUUCUACAGGAACCCCUGGUUCUCUGGAACAAAGUCUGGACUCUGAUUCAGAUCCAGACGAGGAACAGGGCAGAAGUGAACUACAGCCCCCCAGCCCUACAGAUCAGGCACUCGACGGGACCACCGAAGACCAAAUGAGGCCACCUGUCCUUCUGGUGAAACUGCAGUGCCCGUCCAGCUCAAACAACGAGCCCCCUGCCCUCCCUGAGAGCGAGCCACCAGAGUUAGACGAAACAGAGGAAGUACCAACAAGCCCGCUUGCAGCGUUAAAUAUCAAUCAGAGUAACAAUAGCGGCAAAACACUCGAUCUCUGAGUUU